UGCUGGACCAUCUGGGCUGGCCGUGUGAAACUGAGCUGCUCCUUGGAAAGCCACCAUGAAGCUGGGAACCAACUGCUGGCAUCGAAUCCUGUCUCACUGGAGGCCUCUGUUGCCCUGUCUGUGACCUGGAGACUUUCAUUUCGACGGGACCCAUUCACUUCAGAGAUCCACUGGUGAGCAAGUGAUGUAAUGUCAAACUUCUCCAAAUUUUGGAUGUCCUGAGGAUGAGUAUAUUUUCACCAAAUUUCCAUUUUGGGUGACCUUCACUAGCGUGAAUGAACCACUGGGACAGGAGUUGAAGGCUGCACUUGCUGAAGAAUAUGGAGCAGACAGGGUUGAAUUUUACAUUGCGAAUGUCUCAUCUAAGGAGGAAUUUGAUUUUUUUAAGCAUUAUUAUAUAGUUUUUUAUUUGUUUGGAAAAGAUUAAAUGACCUUAGCAGGUUUUCUUUACAGGAGUUUUUCAGAAAAUUGUGGACAGGUUUGGCCACAUUGACAUAAUGUACAACAAUGCAGGGGUUGUCAGUGAAAAAGACUGGGAGAAAAUCAUUGCCAUAAACAUGGUUGGGUUGGCAAGGAGAACAUAUCUGGCUCUAAAGUACACGGAGAACAAUCCUAAUGGAAAAGAGGUCAUUAUCAACAUAUCAUCUACUGCAGGUCUGCGGUUUGUGCCGACAGCGCACAUUUACACAGCACCUAAAUAUGCAGUGGUGGGAUUCAGCCAUGCUAUUGCAGCUGUUGCUAUGAACACCAACCUUGAGCUGAGGAUCAACAUUCUCUGUCCAGCUACAGUGAAGACUGACCUGCUGUCUUCUCCUAAUAUACCAUUUUGGGCAGUUUUCACACAUAGUAGGAGGGAAUGAGAUGGCUAUAGCCCCCCUAAAAUGACUACUCAGCCCCCCCUAAAAUUUUGCGAUCGGCUCCUCCCCGUCUUUCUUUCAGCGCCUUCUUUAA